AUGGCCACCUUAGUCAAGGCCACCUGGCCAUACGUUCUGCACUGUGAAGCCGGCGAUACCGACCUCGUGUUCGACCAGUUCAUUAAUUCCCGGAGUCUAGCGCUGCCAUUGGUGUCUGAGAUCAUCGGGCCCUGUCUGAACGUCAACCUGGUUCGGGAUAUCGUGACAAAUAGUACGGACUGGUCUGCAGAUACGGUGCUGAGCUCGGUGGUGCUGCAUGGGCAUUUUGAACGAGAGAUAGAUCUUGGUGGUAGUAAUCUCGUCCGACCGCCGGUAUUCUCCCUUCAUCUGGAUGAUGCGGUGAAUCUUGCCACGUUUCCUGAUAAGGAUAAAUUCCUCAUGCUUAACCGGUUGCCCAGUGGAGUGUUCUCCUCUCGUGAUUCUGAGAGACUAUUGGACUCGUUCAGCAAAGAGUUGGGACACGCCAAGGGGGUCGAUGAUAUUCUCGGGCUUUUGUUAGCGCUCUCUGCAACGCCGGAUGAGGUCGAGGUGCUACUGAUCUCAUUGACGUUUGGGAACAUCGAAGUAAAAAGCUGUCUUCGCAAUGCCGUCUCCAUGUUUCACAUCCUUGAACGCGAGAUGCAGUGGCGACGUGAACAAGGUCGUCCAGGGGGGUUCGGAGCUCUCCGCGCCCACCCACCGAUCGUGGCGGUGGGCGCCGAGGGUCCUUUAGAAGACCAGAAAAUGCUGGCCGACUACUUUCAUGGAACGGAUGGCCUGGGAGGGAUCCAUGCCAGCCAUCCACACUUGACUCCCAAAGAGACCUGGGAACAUCUCUUUGACCCAUCGACUGAGGUCUCCGCCAUUGAUCCCGCCCCAACGGGUGAUGGUUCGCACCGAUCAUUCAUUCCCUCGAAACACCCGGCGCACGACGAGAUCCUUCGUGUUCUACGCGAGAAUGAACCCGGAACCGUCACGCUGGUAGCAGUGGGCCCUCUGACGAACCUCGCAUUGGCUUCUGCCGCCGACCCAGAAGCCUUCCUGCGUGUGAAAGAAGUCGUUGUCAUGGGAGGCGCGGUGAACCAGCCUGGAAAUGUCACUCCGGUCGCCGAGUUCAAUACAUAUGCCGAUGCAUUCGCCGCGGCCAGAGUCUACUCUCUUACAUCUCCAUCUCCCAGGACCACGAUUCCGAUCGCAAGCACUAGCCUAGCCAACUAUCCCCCAAAUCUUAGCAAGCAGCUCACGGUCCGCUUAUUCCCGUUGGAUAUCACCCAUCGCCAUGGCCUCAAGCGUGGCCAGUUCCGGAAAGCCAUCACACCCCUCUUGGAAAGUGGCUCACCGUUAGCGGAGUGGGUGGCGGCUUUCAUGGCUCAUACCUUCCAUACUAUAGAGAAACAGCAUCAGAGCCAGGUGGGAGACGAUGUCGAGCUCAGUUUGCAUGAUCCCGUGUGCGUGUGGUACGCUCUGACCGCGGAGUACGAGGGGUGGAAGCCAUCUCUUACUUCGCCAGAGGAUAUCCGGGUUGAGACCACCGGCCAGUGGACUCGGGGUCACUGUGUGGUCGAUCGUCGGGACCGGCAUCGUAUUGAAGGAGACGAGGAACACUCCAGUGACCACGGCCUCUGGUUGAGCCAAAGAGCUGGUAACCGCAUCUGGAGAAUGGAUGGCUCACCCGUGGAAAACAACUUUGGGGAUAUCCUUCUGGAAAAACUCUUCACCUAG